AGAUGUGUAACUUUGGUGUGAACAGACAUUUUUGUUCCUUGUGGUGGUGCGUGAGACAAUAAAUUUGGCUAUAACUAGGUAACUGCAGUGCAGUGAAGUUUAAAUAGUGGAAGUUAUAUAUGUACAUAUAUACGUUGUAUAUAUGUAAUUAUAUAUAAACUCACAUUUUGUGUAUAAUUUGUAUGCGUGAUAUCCAGAUUGCUCGAAGAGGAUAAGUGAAGGAUACAAUACAAUAUUAGAAAAUUUCGUGUCUAUAUAUACACAACGAAGGAUACACAAGGACAAUAAUAACAGCGAAAGGAAAUACAUAUCUGUGCCGAAAGACAUCAGAAAAGACAAUUUCGGAUACCAGCUAGUUUUAGCGCCAAAACCGAUAUUAUCUUUAAUAACCAACACUAGCCAAAAACGCCAAAAUGUUCAUACCAGUUGCGCAAUCAGCCUUCAGGGCUUUAAAACAAUCUUCACCGCGUGUGCGUAUAUUUCUCAUCAGCAAAAAUGCCUACUCUAGUCAGGUCGAAUACAAACCCAUACGCUCGGUGCUGGUCGCCAAUCGCGGUGAGAUCGCAAUUCGUGUCUUCCGUGCUUGUACAGAGUUGGGCAUCAAAUCGGUGGCCAUCUAUUCGGAACAAGACAAAAUGCAUAUGCAUCGGCAAAAGGCCGAUGAAUCGUAUAUUGUCGGUAAGGGUCUGCCACCGGUCGAAGCUUACCUCAACAUUCCAGAGAUUAUACGUGUGUGCAAAGAGAAUGAUGUAGAUGCUGUGCAUCCUGGUUAUGGUUUCCUUUCGGAACGUAGUGACUUUGCACAGGCCGUCAUAGAUGCGGGCAUACGUUUUAUUGGUCCCACACCGAAGGUGGUGCAGCAGAUGGGUGAUAAGGUGGCUGCACGUGUUGCCGCCAUCGAAGCCGGUGUACCAAUUGUACCCGGCACAGAUGGACCAGUGACGACAAAAGAAGAGGCUAUGGAAUUUUGUAAGAAACAUGGCUUGCCAGUGAUCUUUAAGGCCGCAUAUGGUGGUGGUGGCCGUGGUAUGCGUGUUGUACGUAAAAUGGAUGAAGUCGAAGAGAUGUUUCAGCGCGCCAGUUCAGAGGCGAAGGCUGCUUUCGGUAAUGGUGCUAUGUUCAUUGAGAAAUUCAUCGAACGUCCACGUCACAUUGAGGUGCAAUUGCUCGGUGACAAGGCGGGCAAUGUUGUGCAUUUGUUUGAGCGUGAUUGUUCGGUGCAGCGUCGUCAUCAAAAGGUUGUGGAAAUAGCGCCAGCGCCACGUCUACCGCAGGAGACACGCGACAAGAUGACAGAGGCGGCUGUGCGUUUGGCCAGACAUGUGGGCUACGAAAAUGCCGGUACGGUGGAGUUCCUCUGCGAUGAGUCGGGCAAUUUUUACUUCAUCGAAGUGAAUGCGAGAUUACAAGUGGAGCACACAGUAACCGAAGAGAUCACCGGCAUUGAUUUAGUACAAUCACAAAUACGCGUUGCCGAAGGCAUGACUCUACCCGAACUUGGUUAUACACAGGAGAAUAUUCAACCACGCGGUUACGCCAUUCAAUGUCGUGUCACCACCGAAGAUCCAGCAAACGACUUCCAACCCAGCACCGGUCGUCUGGAGGUAUUCCGUUCUGGUGAGGGUAUGGGUAUACGUGUCGACAGCGCCUCAGGCUUUGCUGGCGCCAUCAUAUCGCCAUACUAUGAUUCACUGCUCGUCAAAAUUAUUUCCCAUGCAAGUGACUUGCAGAGCUCGGCAGCUAAAAUGAAUCGUGCUCUACGUGAGUUCCGUAUACGUGGUGUGAAGACGAAUAUACCCUUCUUGUUGAAUGUUUUGGAAAAUCAAAAAUUCUUGCAUGGCGUCUUGGAUACCUACUUCAUCGAUGAGCACCCACAGCUCUUUAAAUUCCGUAUUUCGCAAAAUCGUGCACAGAAAUUGUUGAACUACAUUGGUGAAGUGUUGGUAAAUGGUCCACAAACACCAUUAGCCACUGGCUUGAAGCCAGCUGAUAUCACGCCACAUGUACCGGAAGUGCCAUUAGACCUGUCACCCGAGGCAAUUAGCCGUGAAGAGCGCGGAGAAGCCAAAGUCACCGAACCACCAAAAGGACUCCGCCAUAUACUUAAAUCCCAAGGACCCGAGGCGUUCGCAAAGGAAGUACGUAGCCGUAAGAACCUCAUGUUGAUGGAUACUUCUUUCCGUGAUGCUCAUCAAUCGUUGCUAGCGACACGUGUGCGCUCACAUGAUCUAUUGAAGAUCUCACCAUAUGUUGCACACAAAUUCAAUAAUCUCUAUUCGUUGGAAAACUGGGGUGGCGCCACAUUCGAUGUUGCUUUACGUUUUCUACACGAAUGUCCGUGGGAACGCUUGGAGGAAAUGCGUAAACGUAUACCGAAUAUUCCAUUCCAGAUGUUGUUGCGUGGUGCUAAUGCUGUCGGUUAUACCAGUUAUCCCGAUAAUGUUGUGCACAAGUUCUGUGAAUUGGCGGUCCAAACUGGCAUGGAUAUUUUCCGUGUUUUCGAUUCGUUGAAUUAUUUGCCCAACUUGAUUUUGGGCAUGGAAGCUGCCGGUAAGGCUGGCGGUGUCGUCGAGGCGGCUAUUUCUUAUACCGGCGAUGUAAGUGAUCCCGCACGUACUAAAUAUGAUCUCAAGUACUACACAAACUUGGCCGAUGAAUUGGUGAAGGCUGGCACACAUGUGCUCUGUAUCAAGGAUAUGGCGGGCUUGUUGAAGCCACAAGCGGCUAAACUACUUAUCACCGCCAUACGUGAUAAGCACCCUGAUGUGCCAAUUCAUAUCCAUACACACGAUACUUCGGGCGCUGGUGUUGCUUCCAUGCUCGCCUGUGCCGAAGCUGGUGCCGAUGUCGUGGACACAGCGGUCGACUCUAUGUCUGGCAUGACAUCACAGCCUAGCAUGGGCGCAGUGGUGGCAUCUCUACAGGGCACACCACUCGACACGGAAUUCGAUUUGCGCGAUGUCUCUGAAUAUUCCGCCUAUUGGGAGCAGACACGUACACUGUAUGCACCAUUCGAAUGUACCACCACCAUGAAGUCGGGCAAUGCUGAUGUGUACCUCAAUGAAAUACCCGGUGGUCAAUAUACUAAUUUGCAAUUCCAAGCAUUCUCAUUGGGUUUGGGUGACUUCUUUGAGGAUGUUAAGAAGGCAUACCGUGAAGCGAAUUUACUGUUGGGUGAUAUCAUAAAGGUGACGCCAUCCUCAAAGGUUGUUGGUGAUUUAGCGCAAUUUAUGGUACAAAACAAGCUGAAUGCCGAUCAAGUGCUUGAGAGAGCUGAAGAAUUGUCAUUCCCCAAGUCGGUUGUGGAAUUCUUGCAGGGUUCAAUUGGUAUACCACAUGGUGGUUUCCCAGAACCACUACGUUCGCGUGUACUCAAGGAUAUGCCACGUGUUGAGGGGCGUCCGGGCGCUAACUUGGCACCGUUGGACUUUGAUAAACUCACAAAGGAUCUAAAAGAAUCUCAUCCACACAUUAGCGAACGUGAUGUUAUGUCAGCUGCACUUUAUCCAGCUGUAACCGAAGACUUUUUGUACUGCCGCGAGAAUUAUGGACCAGUCGAUAAGCUUGAUACACGUAUUUUCCUUACCGGCCCGAAGGUAGGCGAAGAAUUCGAAGUUGCUAUUGAACGUGGUAAGACAUUGAGCUUGAAGACUCUGGCUAUGGCUGAAGAUUUGACGCCAAACGGUGAACGUGAGGUGUUCUUCGAAAUGAAUGGUCAGCUACGUUCGGUGUUGAUUCGUGACAAGGAAGCUGUGAAGGAACUCCACAUCCAUCCAAAAGCCAACAAGUCCAACAAAAAUGAGGUCGGCGCACCCAUGCCCGGUACAGUGAUCGAUAUACGUGUGAAGGAGGGUGACACAGUGGAAAAGGGUCAACCGUUGGUGGUGCUAUCGGCCAUGAAAAUGGAAAUGAUUGUACAAGCGCCCAAAGCGGGUGUGGUGAAGAAAUUGGAGAUAAUCAAUGGCAUGAAAUUGGAAGGCGAUGACCUGCUCAUGCAGAUUGAGUAAAAGAAGGAAGUCUGUUGCAGCAAACCAAAAACAAAAACUAAAAAGCUAACUCCAUAUAUAAAUACAUGCGCUCAUAGCUAACGAUUUAGCCGUUGAGCACGAAAACGUGGCAGCAAAAAAGCUUUGGAAAAUUUUGAAAAAAUGACAACAAUACUGUUUUGGCGUCCAGUUGGUCACAUAUGAAGUGAAAUAUUUAAAAAAGAAAUAGCUUAUAUUAUUAAUGUGCGUGUAUGAAAAUUGUUUAUAUAAAAAAAAAACCAAAUUUAAUAAUUAGUGUUAUCAAAAAUAGUUUUGUUUGUGGUAAAAGAAAGAAAGGAAAUCGUUAUACAUAUGUAUGUGCAUAUGUUACAUGCGACACUCUUAGAGUUGGCUCAAUGUAGCAGCAGCAUAUGUAUGUGCUUACUUGUACAAAUUAACACCGACAUGCAUACAUAUGUAUAUUUAUAUUAACUAACCAUAUAUAUUUAUGAAUAUUUACUAUGUACAUUCAUAUGUAAGAAUUUACUUAAAAUGCGACCAAAAAGGAAAUUUCUCAGAGAAUCAACUUGGCUGUUAUUUGCAUGAAAAAAAUGACAUUGUCAAUUCUAAAAAUAAAAACGUAAAAAAUGCAUACUUACUUAGUGAAAAAAAAAAACAAAACAAAAAAAAAAAAAAACAAACAAACAAACAAACCAACAAACCUAAAUAUGUAUGUAUGCAGGACACACAAAACAUCUCCAUUUUAGAUUUUGAACUUUUGUACCUUCAUAGAGAAUUUAUGUGUCUACAUACAUAUGUACAAUAUUUUAUAGCGAAUAAUACAUACAUACAUACAUACAUAUUUAUUUAAUAUUGUUAUUGCUAUUUGUGUAGCCGAAGUGUACAAUUUGUAAUGCAACAUAUGAUUUAUUCCUUUAUUUUUAUAAUAGCAGCGAUUUUUUACGCACAAAAGUUCUGUUCUACAUACUUACUUACAUACGAUACAUACAUUAUCACAUCUAUGAAGCCACUGUGCAUGUGAAAAAAAUAAAAUAAAAUAAAAUAAAUAAAUAAAACCCCAAUUGUAA